AUGCCCGUGACCCUGUUAGAAGAUUGGUGCAAGGGGAUGGACCUGGACCCCAGGAGGGCCCUGCUGAUCGUGGGGAUCCCCGUAGAGUGCAGUGAGGCUGAGAUCAAAGAGACCGUGAAGGCGGGCUUGCAGGCCUUGUGCUCCUACAGAGUGAUAGGCAGAACGUUCAGGAGGAAGGACAACAGUAAGGUCGUCUUUAUCGAGCUGGCAGAGCCCGUUAACUAUGGUGUGAUGCCCAGUCACAUCCUGGGCAGGGGGGGCACCUGGGAGGUGGUGGUGAAGCCCCGCAGCCCAGAUGACGAGUUCAUCAGUAGGCUCAACCACUUCCUGAAAGACGAGGGCCGGCGAAUGGUGGAUGUGGCCCAAACCCUGGGGUAUAGCAGCCCAGGCGCCGCCAAGGGCAGUGCUUCGGAAGUCUUGGACCCAGCGGCCCCAGAUUUCCAGCCUCCGAAAGAAAGCACGUGGUACCGAAAACUGAAAGUGUUUUCGGGAAGCACUUACCCAGGGCCCGGUGAAGAUACCUUUGAGGUCUGGCUGGAGCAGGUGACCGAGAUGAUGCAGCUGUGGCAGGUGUCUGAGGUGGAGAAGCAGCGGCGGCUGCUGGAGAGCCUGCGCGGCUCCGCACUGUCCAUCAUGCGGGCACUGCGGGUCAGCAACGAUGGCAUGACGGUGGAGGACUGUCUGGAUGCCCUGAAGCAGAUAUUCGGCAGCAAGGAGGACACUCGCACUUCUCAGUUCCGCUUCGUUCAGACCUUCCAGAAGUGCGGGGAGAAAAUCUCCGCUUUCCUGCUCCGCUUGGAACCCGUGCUCCAGAAAGCAGUGCAGCAAAGCCCCAUCUCCACCCGCAGUGUGGACAUGAUCCGCCUGAAGCACGUCAUGUCCCGGGCCGCCAUGACCACUACGCUCCGGGGCAAGCUGGAGAUCAUGGAUCAACGAGGGUGUCCGCCCACUUUCCUGGAGUUGAUGAAGCUCGUUCGCGAUGAAGAAGAGUGGGAGACAAGCCAGGCGGUGGCCAGGGAGAAGCAGAGGCAAGUGGGAAGAGGCCGCAGGGGCCCCAGCAGACAGGGAACAGUGGAGCUCCAUGACCCUGCAGCCCAGACCCCCCUGCCGGCACAGUCUUUCAUUGAGAGCAGCAGCCAGACAGCACAGGAAGGGGCUCCUUCACUGAAGCGCAGGCGCCUGCCAUGCUGCCAUGGCAGUGGGGAUGACAGCCACACCGUGUGUCCUAGGGUGGAGAACCAGCCCCCAGCCAAGCAGAAGCAGCCAGGUGCAGCGGAAGAGUCGGGAAACGGGGUAGGGGCUGGGGCUGUGAGCCACCCCGAGCCCUGA